AUGCAGGCAAGUGCAGAUGUUAAUCAACGGAUUGCCAGAUUAUCAGCUCAUCUCAACCCCCUCAUGAAUAAUCUGCAGAAGGAGGGGAGUACGAAUUUGAGACAGGAGAACUGCAGGGCAAAAGGGGGAUCACCAGGAUUCAAGGUGGCAAUAUUAGGUGCAGCAGGAGGCAUAGGUCAGCCUUUAGCAAUGCUUAUGAAGAUGAAUCCGUUGGUUUCUGUGCUACAUCUUUAUGAUGUAGUAAACACUCCAGGAGUGACUGCAGAUAUCAGCCACAUGGACACUGGUGCUGUGGUACAUGGUUUUCUGGGGCAACAGCAAUUGGAGGAUGCACUUACUGGCAUGGACCUCGUAAUCAUUCCUGCUGGUGUGCCCAGGAAACCUGGGAUGACAAGAGAUGAUCUUUUCAACAUCAAUGCAGGAAUAGUAAGGACCCUAUGUGAAGGAAUUUCAAAGUGCUGUCCAAAGGCCAUUGUUAACCUAAUUAGUAAUCCUGUGAACUCGACGGUGCCAAUUGCAGCAGAGGUAUUCAAAAGGGCUGGCACCUAUGAUCCAAGACGACUUUUGGGAGUCACGAUGCUUGAUGUCGUCAGAGCUAAUACUUUUGUGGCUGAAGUUUUGGGGCUUGAUCCUAGGGACAUUGACGUACCUGUUGUAGGAGGCCAUGCUGGUGUUACUAUUUUACCUCUGCUCUCCCAGGUUAAACCUCCAUGUUCUUUCACCCAAGAAGAAACUGAGUACCUGACUUCUCGUAUUCAGAAUGGUGGAACAGAAGUUGUUGAGGCAAAAGCUGGUGCGGGAUCUGCAACUCUUUCAAUGGCAUAUGCAGCAGUCAAAUUUGCGGAUGCAUGCUUGCAUGCCUUGAGAGGAGAUGCUGGUGUCAUUCAAUGUGCUUUUGUUUCUUCUCAGGUGACUGAACUUCCUUUCUUUGCUUCAAGAGUACGUCUUGGUCGAAAUGGUGUUGAAGAGAUAUACCCACUUGGUCCUCUAAAUGAAUAUGAGAGAGUUGGGUUGGAGAAGGCAAAGAAAGAGUUGGGUGGAAGCAUUGAGAAAGGGGUUUCCUUUACGACUGGAAGCUCUCAAACAACUCUCAAUGGUGUAGCUAGUUUCUUCUGUCGAUGCUUUCCGGUAGCUAGUUUCUUCCAGUGGUGGCGGUUUCUUCGAGUAGCACUCGUUUCCCCCUUUCCAGCACUCGUUUUCCCCGUUUCUUCCAGUAGCAGUGCAUUUUGUGGAGACUUUCCGGUAUGGACGGCGAUGAAGUCGACGGCGAGGACGGCAACAAUGGUGACGUUGAACUCGACAUCUUCCAAUAGGCCUACUUUGUCCAAAGACAAUGUCUCAAACAACUUGCCAAUGUCUCAAGUGACGAGCAUAUCAUCUCCUCCACCACCUCAAGCAUUUGGGACACAAGACAGCAUGGAAGCUAUAACAAAUUUGCAUUGA